CCGAUGGGGAGCUCAGCCUUUUGGGAACUAAGUGCAAUUUCGGCGAAUUGUUCGCAGGGGUCAGGUUUCCCGCUCGCUAAAAGAGCAAAGGAGGCGCACGCGCGAUGAUUGCGCCUCGUAACGUCUAUUAAACCGGGUCCGAGCCCAUACCCCCCUCGCUACUCCAGAGACCGCUGAAACCGGAAAUCUACGGACAUAUACUCCAGAAUAUACCUUCAGACUACACUAAACGCCGAAUAUACCAUCGACCAACAAUGGUUGGCGCUAAAAUCACCUUGCUACUGCUUGUAGCUGGAGCUUCGGCUUCCAGCGCUUUCUCUUUGAACAAGGCGAGAGAUGCGAUCGCACGCGUUGCCGACAAGAUCGAAUUCAUACCCGGUGUUGCUGCCGACACUUCUUCGAGCGGCGAAGCUGCCAAAGCGGCUGCAGCCGCAGCCCUGGCUGCCAAGCACGGUGCCAAGGCGGUAGUUAAAGCUGGCUACGAGGCCAAGGAUGCUAUCUAUGAUACUUCCGCCCACGCAGCUGGCGCUAUUAAAGAUGCAUCCGCAAAUGCUGCUGGCACGGUCAAGAAUGCUUACGCUUAUGUUGCUGGGACUGCUCAGGAUGCGUCCGCCAACGCCGCCGGCGCUGUCAAAGAUACCUCCACCAACGCCGCUAGCGCCGUUAAGGAUGCUUCCGCCAAAGCGGCUGGCACCGCCCAGGACGCCUAUGCAAGCGCCUCUGGUACCGUCAAGGAUGCUUCUGCCAAAGCGGCUGGCACCGCCCAGGACGCCUAUGCAAGCGCCUCUGGUACCGUCAAGGAUGCUUCUGCCAAAGCGGCUGGCACCGCCCAGGACGCCUAUGCAAGCGCCUCUGGUACCGUCAAGGAUGCUUCUGCCAACGCCGUCGGCAACGCCAAGGACGUCUAUGCAAGGGCUGCUGACACGGUUAACGAUGCGUCCGCCAAUGCCGCUGGCACCGCCCACGACGCGUCCAGCUACGUCGGUGGCUUUUUCAAAGACGCGUCUACGAAUGCCGCCGGCACUGCUCAAGAUGCUUACGCCUCCGUUGCUGGUACCGUCAAAGAGGCCUCCGGCGGCGUGGCUGGUGCUGCUCAGGACAUCGCUGCCAGGGCUGCUGGCACCGCAAAAGAUGCUUAUGGCUACGUAGCUGGUACUGUCAACAACGCCGCCGGAACAGCUGAGGGUGCUGCUGCUGAUGCCGCCGGCACCGCUCAGGGUGCUUACGCUUUCGUUGCUGGUACCGUCAAGGGUGCCUCGGGCAGCGCCGCCGACACGGUCAAGAAUGCUGCCGCCGCUGGAGCGGACAAAGUUCGACGCACCUUCGCUCCCAAUGAGUGGAAGACCGCCUCGAGUGUGCAUCCGGACAGGAUUGCUUUCCGCCGUGACGUUAGUGGCGCCGGAAGCGGUUGGGCGGACGCUGUUCACUCGCAAGCCGAAGAAGUUUGGGACAAAACGACCGGAGUCAUAAAACGUGGUCUAAACCCUAGCCGCUAUUCACCUGCCCGGUACACAUGGUUCAAGCGCCGUGGCGAUGGCGACGAUUCCGAGCUCGAGAGGCGCCGAUUCCCAUUCCCCCUUCGCCGCGAGCCAGCUGAUUCCGCUGACCAUGCCGAGAUCUACGAUGCGGUCGCCGAGAAGGUCAGACGCGCAAUUAAAGGCCCAGAGAAAUUUCGCAUUGCCUACCGAGACGGUGACGACGAGGAACUCGCUGCCCGAAACGCAGGCUCCUCGAAAAUUCGCAUCUCCAAUGAUGGUAGGGCUGGUGGUAAGCGCGACAGUGACGACGGCCAGGAUCUUGCUGCCCGAAACGCAGGCUCCUCGAAAAUUCGCAUCUCCAAUGAUGGUAGGGCUGGUGGUAAGCGCGACAGUGACGACGGCCAGGAUCUUGCUGCCCGAGGCAACCCCGCAAGCCAAGGCAAGGGUGGAGUUGGAUUUCGCGUUACCAAGCGCGACGGUGACGACGGCCAAGGCCAAGGCGAAGGCGGCAACGGCGGCUUCUGAUAUAUAGGCUUCGUCCAUAUCUGUUUUUGAAGCCUGCGGUUCAUCCCUUGGAUAAAUAAUUGAAAUAAACUGUUAUCAAAAACCGUUCCUCUUCC